AUAAAAAAUCGUAAUAAAUAUAUAAUUUACUCUGUAUUCACUGGGAUUUUUUAAUUUUUUUUGCAUUUUAAAUUAUUCACAGUGGGGGGUGUGUGUAUGUGUGUGUGUGUGCGCGUGCGUUGCGUUUGCUGGUUCUUUAUGGAAAUGUGUGACGCAGUAACAUUUAGCACUUUGAAUAUAAGCAUCAGGCUGCACGCAAGCCUCUGAACCCGGAAGUGUCGAAUUUGCGCGGUACCGCGCAUGCGCACAAAAGGAACAGCGUGGUGAGGGUGGUGAAGGAGGGUAGAGUGAUGAUGGUGGAGGUGUAAGGGGGAGGUGGUAUCUCUCGUGACGUCACAGCCAUGGCUAUUUUGCGCCGUGUGUUUUUCUGCGUUUCAUUUCCAGAUACUUCGCACCGGAGGAAGCGGAGGAUAAAGAAUUCCCUCAUGUUUACACUUCUAUGGAUUAUAUAAAACACGCUUGCACGCUGAGACACCAUUUCCGUGCUCUUAAUAUAGGCUAGAUACACAGAUAUAUAUAUUUUUUAUUUUUAUUCUUCUUCUCCUUUUUUUUUGCAAUAAAAAUGGAGCUCCCUGCGGCGGGAGAGCAAGUGUUCGCCGUGGAGAGCAUCGAGAAGAAACGCAUCCGAAAGGGAAGGUUUGAGUACCUGGUCAAGUGGAGAGGCUGGUCACCAAAGUACAACACGUGGGAGCCGGAAGAAAACAUCCUCGACCCGCGCCUGCUCGUCGCGUUCCAACACAGGGAGCGCGAGGAGCAGCUGAUGGGUUACCGCAAGAGAGGCCCAAAACCAAAACACUUUCUCACCCAGGUCCCAUCAUUCGCUCUGAGAUCCAGUGUUCUUUCUGACCUCCACGAUGCAUCUCAGGAGAAUGGGCUCCAUCUCAAAACAUCAGUUGAUCCGACACUGAUGCGGCAGUGCCAGCUGCAGAGCAGGAGGCAGCACCCAUACCAGAGCUUGGACAAUGUCCUGAUCAACGGGAAGAACGAGCAGAAACAGUACUACCAGCUCAACAGCAGAAAGCACCACCAGUACCAACCGGACCCCAAACUGUAUCAGCAGGUACAGGCACAGGAACCGGAUUCAGGACGUCACAGCGACGCGAAGGCCGUCAGCAUGGAGCUCGAGAAGGUUCUGGACGGUGGGAAGGAAGAAUCGACGCUCAGUAAGGAGAGCACCAAACCUGUUAAAGGAAUCAACAGCAAAUUGAAAAUUGUGGAGAACAAGAACAAAAAUGGAAGAAUCGUCAUCGUGAUGAGUAAGUACAUGGAGAAUGGGAAAGAGGCGGAUGGAGGGGUGAAGCAGGACGAGCCGUCAGAGAGGGGAACCAAUCACGCAAACGGCACUGAGACGAACGGGCUUGAAAAUGGCCACCACAAGGACGACAGAAACGGGCAAGUCCACCGCGCUGUUAUUGAAGAAUUCCAGAAUGUUGAAACAUCACAGUUGAUGAAAAUAUCCGGUCCGAUAUCUUCUGAAAACGGCAUCCAUAAGCGGCGUCACUCGGAACAUUCCAGCGUCCGACGGGACACUAAGAGCUUCCUGAACUGUCGGAGCAUUAGUGCACCAAACGCAAGCUCAAGUCAGGGUCGGUCUGAACUCUCAGACGCGUGUCAGGACGAGCCAAUGGAUCUGAGCUUCACAGGUUCUCGAGGAGAGAGGAACACCAUCAAGGACUGUCGGACAAAUGGACACUUGAACCUGGCUGAGAGAGAGACCACACCUUCUACACGGGAACCUGAACGUGCUCCGAGCUUCACGCCUUUUCUCGGGAAUAUAAUAAUCACGGAUGUCACGACGAACUGCCUCACGGUGACUUUCAAGGAAUACGUACCUGUCUAGAAAUAACAGACUUAAAAAAGUCAUAAUAAUAAACUCGAAACUACUGAUUUUGUCACUUUGAAAAUUUGUGUGCAUAUAAAUAAGCUUUUUUUUCCAGAAUGAUCUCAUUUGAACAUGCAAGUUAUUACUCGACAUUCACAAUGCCAAUAUUGUUAUAGGAAUAGGCGUUAUUUUUUGAAAAAAAUUUUGUCGAAGCUGCUUUGUUAAUGUUUAGCGCCAAUACACGCUGUCUCUAUCUCUCUCUCUCGCUCUCUCUCUCUUUCAGCAAAUCACAGGACUUUAUAAUCACAUUGACCACUGAAGAUGGAAAGGAGUCAGGGUUUAACGCACUUUCCGUUCAAUAAGUCGCAGGAAUUUCCUGACUAUUAGAUUUGCUGACUAUUAUAUUCACCUGCUGCUAUUACUCAAUCAAUCUUUUUAACGUAAUGUGUAAUUAAUAAGGGUGUAACGAUACGGCGUGUCAUAUCAUUUUGUUCGGUACAGUUCUCACGGUUCUAUAUGUCUUUGUAUCGAACAAUACAUUCAACACUCUGCGUACUAAAGUUAAUCAAGCCCAGUAGUAACUUAUCUCGAAUAAAGUGUUAAAAAAAAAAACACUUUUUCCCUAAUCACACUGCUUUUCACAAGCUAAUACGCUAGCAUACUGACAUACUAACAUUAAUACUAGUGUAUCUACACCAACAUCCUGUAAACGAAACACACACGCUCUUCGCUGCUUUUCUCAGCUGAUUCAGUCCUGGUUUAGGGGGGGACUGAUAAGUUCACAGCUGCAGAUAUGAGACCCUACUUGCAUUUAAAAAACACGUUUGUCCUUCAGAGAGCUGUAUAACUUCAGACACGCCCCCUUGAGGGUCACACCAGCAGGAUUGCCAAGUGUGUGGUUUUUAAAUGAAGCCAGUUAAGGAAAAGCGACUCCUUUUUCCACUUCCUGAACUUUUCAGACCUGUUUCAGGUGUUUGAGAUGUCCAUAAUUUAUGUACAACUAAUGUUUAAUUAGCCAUGUAUAGCCAUGUUUGUUCCAUUCUAAUGCAUGCUGCUAAGAGUCUGAACAGAUCACACAAACACUGUGUCGUUCUAAUUUUGUUUCACUUAUUGUACUUUUAUAAUGUUGUUUUGUAAUCAGUUGAAAAUAGAAACCUAAGGCACGUUUUUUUUUUUUUUUGUAUGGAAAAUGUAUUGUACGGAGUGUUGCACCACUGAAUUGUGGUAUCGAAUUUGUAAUUUGCGUAUCGUUACACCCUUCAUAAUUCCUCACCAUGUGGAAAUGAACCUGGAUGAAACCAAGCGACUCUAAAACGGACCAAAAUAUUUUAUCGUGAUUUCUUUUUGACAUUGCCUAGAAACUUAACUUUAAUUUUUUAUGCUACUUUUCAGUCUGCAUUAUUCACGUGCCGAUAUGAAUUAUCUUUCUACUUUUUUGUCUCGUUAUUUAUUAUGUAUUCAGGUAUAAUGAGGAUAGCGUACCUAAAACGAUUAUCGUAAUAUAUACAGAUGAGCAAAUUAUUCCACAGAACAACACGGGAUAAAAUUUUAUUAAUUAAUUAAAUAUGGCAACAUCCGAUGACGUGUCUUCCAUGAUGUCUUCAGAAGGUACUGAAUUUGAACAAAUUUUAACAGAAAAUGCAAAAACAUUAUUGAAAUUUGGAAUGUGCCUAAUUAGAUAAACUCCCAUUUUGAUUUUUUUUCACUUUGCUUGUUUCCGUUGCAUUUUCAUUUGUCUAAUAUAUAUGUAUAUGUGUUUUAAGCAACUUAUGUGUGUAAAUCUAAACAUUUUAAAUGUUCCAUCUUGCCAUCUUAAUGUUCUGUAAAGUUGCUUUUACACACCAGGUGUUCCAGACUACUAUCUCAGAACAUUAAAAGCUUAUUUUUGUGUGAUUA